GUUCGUGUACCGCAACAAAAGAAAGUUAGCAAUUUUUUUGGGCUGGAACGCGAAUAUAAAUUUAUUUAUUUUUCUUCGACAAUUGUACGUAGUGCAAGUUAAAUGCAUUUCUCAUCAUUCAAUUGCUACAUCAUCAUCAACAACAUCAAUACUCACGGUCUACAUAUUGCGAACUUUUAAAGUUACUUCAUCAACUACGGCAUCGAAGUGGUCAUCAUCUAACGCUGAGGAGGCGGCGGCUAACGAACGCACACCGCUCAUGGACGCCCACGUCAGUGCCUCGACAUCGUCAACGGCGACGGUGGCAGUAGCAGGCGAAGAUGAGAACCUGAGCGGCGAGGCCGAGCGUUUGGAACGUCCUCCAAGGCGGCAAAAGCAACAACGGAAUAACUAUGGCUCAAAUGCAGAUUCACCAGAUGGCGCUGUGCUUACAGUACCAAGCGUCGUCAUACGUGACUCAACCGCACGACCUUCAAGACUGUCUGGGGGAGGAGGUGGUGGUGGUGGAGAUGGAGCACCUGGGCCAUCACAACAGGAAAUCGAAGAGGAGCAGGGCUUGAAAUAUGGUGCCCAACACGUUAUUAAAUUAUUUGUGCCCGUUUCGCUUUGCAUGCUGGUCGUUGUGGCUACCAUUAACUCAAUAAGCUUCUACAACAGCACGGAUGUCUAUCUUCUCUAUACGCCUUUUCAUGAGCUGUCGCCGGAGCCGACCGUUAAGUUUUGGAAUGCGUUGGCCAACUCAUUGAUCCUCAUGAGCGUCGUUGUGCUGAUGACCAUACUGCUGAUUGUACUGUACAAGAAGCGCUGCUAUCGUGUAAUCCAUGGCUGGCUUAUACUCUCGUCCUUUAUGUUAUUGUUCAUCUUUACGUACUUAUAUCUGGAGGAGCUGCUGCGUGCCUAUAACAUUCCAAUGGACUAUCCCACAGCAGUGCUGAUCAUGUGGAACUUUGGUGUCGCCGGCAUGAUGGCCAUCCACUGGCAAGCACCACUGCGUUUGCAGCAAGGCUAUCUGAUAUUUGUGGCCGCCCUAAUGGCCUUGGUGUUCAUCAAGUAUCUGCCGGAAUGGACGGCCUGGGCUGUGUUGGCAGCCAUCUCAAUUUGGGAUCUUAUUGCUGUCCUGUCGCCGCGUGGUCCGCUGCGUAUUUUGGUGGAAACCGCCCAGGAGCGCAAUGAGCAAAUCUUUCCCGCUUUGAUUUAUUCGUCCACGGUUCUUUACACCUACAUGGGCACACAUUAUACGCCAGAGCAGCCACUGCCAACAACGACAUCUUCGCCAUCCUCCAGCAACUCGACGACAACAACGCGCGCCACACAAAACUCGCUUGCCUCACCGGAUCCAGGAGCAGGUGCAAGCAGCAGCUCACGUUCAGGUAAUUCGCGGCACGGCCAGCGACAGCAGGAGAAUAAUCAGGCGGCAGCUGAAGCUGAGGCGGCUGGCUUCACCCAGGAAUGGUCGGCAAAUCUGAGCGAUCGUGUAGCGCGUCGUCAAAUCGAGGUGCAGACUACACAGAGCGGCAAUGGACGUCGCUCGAAUGAGUAUCGCACGGUCACAACGCCUAAUCAGCCGCAGAUGGAGGCGCAGGAGGAGCGUGGCAUUAAGCUGGGACUGGGCGAUUUCAUUUUCUAUUCUGUACUUGUGGGGAAGGCCUCCAGCUAUGGCGACUGGACGACAACAAUUGCCUGCUUUGUGGCCAUCCUUAUUGGCCUUUGCCUGACGCUGCUGCUCUUGGCCAUUUGGCGCAAGGCUUUGCCCGCUCUGCCAAUCUCAAUUACCUUUGGCCUGAUAUUCUGUUUUGCCACCAGCGCUGUGGUGAAACCAUUUAUGGAGAAGCUGUCUGCCAAACAAGUGUUUAUAUAAUAAUGACAGUGGAAUUUAACACACACUAAUCCGUGUCCUAGUAUUCUGUGUAAUCAUAGUCUAAAACAAAAACAAACAUCCUUUUACAAUACAUUUCUUUAUUUAACAAAGCGUAAUAACAAACAGAAAA